AAUCAGGAAAGCGACAGCUACGUACACCUAGCUCAACAUCAUUAAUAAUUACAAAAAUAUAAAACCAAACACUCCACACAACCACGCCACCCACGAUUCUCUAUCAUCUUCAAUUUCAUUGUAAACAUAUGUCUUCUGAACCCCAUCGACGUGCCGUUCAUGGUGACGUCGAAAGCCAUGACAGUGGUGCAGUUACACCGGUGUCGAACGAUGAUCAACCGGAGGAGUUUUCUAUUGAAAAAGGGUUUGAAGGAAAACUUGUUCCUACGUGGCAGAAGCAGGUUACUGUUAGGGCAUUAUUCGUGAGUCUCAUGUUGUCGGUAAUGUUCACGUUCAUUGUGAUGAAACUGAAUCUCACAACUGGGAUUAUUCCUUCUUUGAAUGUUUCAGCUGGGUUGUUAGGGUUUUUCUUUGUGAAGACAUGGACCAAGUUGCUUGAAAAAGCUGGUUGGCUUACACAACCUUUUAGCAGACAGGAGAAUACUGUUAUUCAGACUUGCGUUGUUGCUUCUAGUGGAAUUGCAUUCAGUGGUGGAUUUGGUAGCUACUUGUUUGGAAUGACUCCAACUAUUGCAAAACAAAUUCCAGAAUUUGAUGGUUCCAAUGAUGUUAAGAUUCUUGGUUUAGGAUGGAUGAUUGCAUUUCUAUUUGUUGUUAGCUUUCUUGGUCUCUUUUCAGUGCUUCCACUCCGAAAGAUUAUGAUUGUUGACUUCGGAUUGACAUAUCCAAGUGGUACCGCAACAGCUCAUCUUAUCAACAGUUUCCAUACAUCUGAAGGUGCCAAACUAGCAAAGAAGCAAGUAAAAGCACUUGGAAAGUUCUUCUCCUUUAGCUUUUUGUGGGGUUUCUUCCAAUGGUUUUUCACUGCUGGUGAUGCUUGUGGAUUUGCAAACUUCCCCACAUUUGGUCUAGAAGCCUAUCAUAGGAAGUUCUACUUUGAUUUUUCUGCUACCUAUGUGGGGGUUGGGAUGAUAUGUCCAUAUAUAAUCAAUAUUUCGCUGUUGAUUGGUGGAAUUCUUUCAUGGGCUGUCAUGUGGCCUCUCAUUGGUUCUAAAAAAGGAGAUUGGUUCUCUGCUGAGCUCAAUGAAAACAGCUUACAUGGUCUUCAAGGUUACAAAGUUUUCAUAUCCAUAGCAAUGAUCCUUGGUGAUGGUCUAUACAACUUUGUGAAAGUUCUUAGCACAACUCUUAUAGGUAUGUACAAGCAAUGGAACAAAAAAGACAAAGGAGCAGAGUCUAAUGAUCCAAAUGCUCCUCUCCAACCUACACUUUCAUUUGACGACAAGCGCAGAACCGAGAUGUUCCUCAAAGAUCAAAUCCCCUCCUGGUUUUCUAUCGCAGGCUAUGUCAUAAUUGGUAUAAUUUCAAUAAUUACCAUACCCCACAUUUUUCACCAGAUAAAGUGGUAUCACGUCAUUUUGAUUUACAUCAUUGCACCCGCACUAGCCUUUUGCAAUGCCUACGGUUGUGGAUUAACAGAUUGGUCCCUUGCAUCGACCUAUGGAAAAUUAGCCAUCUUCACCAUCGGUGCUUGGGCAGGUUCAGCCAACGGUGGUGUCCUAGCCGGUUUAGCAGCAUGUGGCGUCAUGAUGAACAUUGUUUCAACAGCUUCCGAUCUUAUGCAAGACUUCAAAACAGGUUACAUGACAUUGGCUUCGCCGAAAUCCAUGUUUGUGAGCCAAGUUAUUGGAACUGCUAUGGGAUGUAUUAUAUCACCAUGUGUUUUCUGGCUAUUCUACCAUGCUUUCGGUACUCUUGGUCAACCUGGUUCAGCAUACCCUGCACCUUAUGCACUUGUUUUUCGAAACAUUGCAAUAAUAGGUGUGGACGGAUUCUCCGCUCUGCCGAAAAACUGCCUCAGACUUUGCAUUGCGUUUUUCUUCAGUGCCAUAGUUAUUAAUUUUGUUCGCGACUUGGUUCCAAAGAAAUACUCCAAGUUUAUUCCUGUUCCUAUGGCUAUGGCUAUACCAUUUUACAUCGGAAGCAGCUUUGCUAUUGAUAUGUGUGUUGGAAGCUUGAUAUUGUUUAUUUGGCAGAAGGUUGAUAGGGCUAAGGCUGAUGCAUUUGGAUCAGCGGUUGCGUCUGGUUUGAUAUGUGGAGAUGGAAUUUGGACACUUCCUAGCUCUUUUCUUGCUCUUGCUGGAGUGAAGCCACCUAUUUGUAUGAAAUUCUUGUCUAAAGCAAAAAAUGCUAAAGUUGAUGCCUUCUUAGAACAUUGAAGUUUAAUUAUUAUUGAUGUUGUUUUUCAUUCUCAAAGAGAACAUUUAAUUUUAUUAAAGUAUUUUGUGCAGUUAUUUUAUUUCUACAAUUUGUUUA